GCGGCGGGUGCCACCAGCCUCUGCAGCGGCGCGGCGCCGAGCCUUUCCUACCAAGAGCUCAAAGACUUGAAGAAGACCAACAUCCUCCACAUAGACGUGCGGGAGAGGUGGGAGAUCGAGAGAUUUGGAAGAAUCCCAGCGUCUGUCAACAUACCGCUGGGUGAAUUAGUGGAAGCUUUACAAAUGGACCCAACGGACUUCAAGGAGCAGUACAAUCAAAAGAUGCCGUCCAAGUCGGACCCUGUGGUUUUCUCCUGUUUGGCAGGAACAAGAAGUAAACAAGCACUCAGUUUCGCCAUGUCCUUGGGCUUCAGCAGAGUUCAGCAAUAUGGUGGUGGCUUUGAGGAUUGGGUAAAACAUGAACCUCCAGAGAAAAAAUGA